UAAAUUCGAAAACCAACACCCUCUCGCUUGUUCUCGCUAUAUAGUUUCUAGAGCUCUGCUUUCUUUGCAACCAAACAGCCUGUUAUCUUGACAUAGCUUCGCUUCGCUUCGCUUCAAAUCAAUCAACCAAUCUCUCACAUUGAAACCCUAGUCACCGGAUCAAGUUUUGAGCUUUUAGGUUGUUGGGCUUCCUUGAACAGUUAAGGUUUUAUGUCUGAUCUCGACGUCCAAACUCCCACCGCUUUUGAUCCUUUUGCUGAUGCAAAUGCUGAGGACUCCGGUGCUGGGGCAAAAGAGUACGUGCACAUUCGUACACAGCAACGCAAUGGUAGAAAAAGCUUGACAACUGUGCAAGGUUUGAAAAAAGAAUUCAGCUAUAACAAGAUACUCAAGGACCUCAAGAAAGAAUUCUGCUGUAAUGGUACAGUGGUGCAGGACCUUGAAUUAGGCCAGGUUAUUCAACUUCAAGGUGACCAGCGCAAGAAUGUCUCUACCUUUCUUGUUCAGGCUGGCAUUGUGAAGAAGGAGAACAUUAAAAUUCAUGGUUUCUAAGCUGUUCCAGUAAAUUUAAAACUCCACACCGUGCUCUCCCUGCUCUUAUCAAGAACUUUAGAGAUAUCAAAGCUAUUAUUAUUAUUAUCUUUCCUAUGUUUGGUUGUAUGACAUAUGCAUCAUUUGUUUCUGGUGUUGUCCAGAUAUCUGGUCUCUAUAUUGUGGGAUGAUAAUGGAAUACUUCACAGUUUGUAUUUGUGUAUUAAAUAGCUAUUGCUCUCUCGAGUCGAACAAUAAAUUAUCGAUAAAGUGUUGGGGUGUUCCUGGUUAA